AUGUCGUCGGAGAAAACGGAGAAAAUCUUAUCAAGUGUUUUUUGGGGAUUCUUCAUCGUUGUCAACCUGUUGACACAGGCUACGUCAAGUUCUUCAGUUUGCACGGGAGCUUUCGAUGUGCAUACGGAUAAAAUAAUAAGGACGGAAGAAUCCACGGCUAUGGGGGCUCAAUUUGUCGAUGAAACCGAGCUGUCGACAAGGGAGCAAUGCUUGGAACUCUGUUGUGAAACAACUCGGUGUGAUGUUUUUGUUUACGAAGAGAAGAAUCCUGGUUCAUGUUAUAUGUUCCACUGUGGACCCCCAGACGAUUUCAGAUGUAAAUUUUCACGACACGCCAACUACAGCAGCGCAGUAUUAACGACUCCACGACAACAACUCAAACAGGAAGUACAAAGGCAACUUAUGGCGGAAGCUGCACAACAAGCCAGUCAACGUCAUAUGUCACAACACGAACAGGAGUUGGCUAAUCUUAGGUCUAGAAUAGCAUCAGUAAGUGAAAAUCGACACGUGACUUCAAAGGCACCGAUCGAAGAAAAAAUCAACAUUUCAACCACUGCACCAUCAAAACCAAUUCCCGCUGCAAAAAAUGCAGCUCAACACUGCAGCGAAUACCAAUUUUCAUGCCAUUCGGGUGAAUGCAUAGCCGUGUAUAACGCAUGCGACGGCAUUCCGCAAUGCAUCGACGGAAGCGACGAAGCCGCCGAACUGCGGUGUCCGCCUUUGCCUACUCCGAUUCCACAGAAUAGCGCACCGGUCCAGAGCCAACCCACUUUGCCGAAACCCAUCUUACCAAUCGUGCCAUAUGACAAGCCCCUAAGUAAUGUAUACAACCAAGGAGAAUCUAAUAUCGCUGUCGUAAGUGAUUUACAAGAAGGACAUGUUGCGCACUCGAAUUGGAUACCUCAUUCAUCAAACGAUCAUCCAUACGAUAUUGAUGGUAGAGCCUUUAAUCAUCAGAAUAGUUUUCAGUCGAUAGCUUCCCAGUAUGUGGACCCUCAAACAGACAAAGUUCGGCAAAAUCUCGCUUACAGAGAACCUUCCGAGGUUUAUCGAAAUCAUCCUGGCGGAGGUGGAGUGGAUGUGUGGCAACUAGAGCAUUUGCAACAAAAACAAGUAGGACAACAGAACCCAUGGUUAGCUAACAGACAACAGUCUAUCCUUAUUCCCACUCUAAAUGACCUGCCGAAACAAAACCAACCACCACAAUGGCAUCAAGAGUGGAUCCAGCAAAAUGGACAGGUGCCUAUACCACUGGAUGUAACUGCACAUAUAACUGGUAAAAAGGAACCACAUUUAAUUGCUAGUCCAGAUAGAUCUGAAGCCAAAACAACAGAAUCAAAGCAUAUGCCACAUAAACAUGAAGAAAAUAAGGAAGAAUAUGUAGAUAUAGAAGAACAACAAAAACAACCCAAAAAAGUCGAAAGCAUACAUAAAAUUACGCCAGCUUCUCAUGACCAUGAAGAUUCUGAUAAGAAGGGUUCCAAUCCAGAGCAAUCACCAUGGGCUGAUGAGCUAGGUGGUGAAGCAGAAAGACCUGGAGGAGCAGUAUUAUCAUUGACUUUAGGUGUAUGUAUAACUGCUGCAUUAGCUGUUCUAAUUGGUUGUAGACUUAGAUUAGUCAAAAGAAGAGUUCGAAGACAUGGAAAAUCAGCACAUGCUCAUGAUCCAGAUUAUCUUGUUAAUGGGAUGUAUUUAUAA